AUGGGGCGGCAUGGAUACGGCGAGGAUGGCAUCAACAGGCAGGACAAGUCCAUCUCCGGCAUAGGAGGGCGGGGAGGAGCACCGCAGUUCACAGCAUACGUCCCCAAGUUCUUGAGGGAGCUCGGGGGAAGCAGUGCCCCUGAAGGAUCCAUCGCAGGGAGGAAGCGCUCGCAGCAGGCAAAAUUCGGUCCAGUGGACCAGGAGGAGGAGAGCGAGGAAGAGCGGGACUAUGAUGGCCUUGCAUCUAAGAUUCAACAGGAUGGAGGAAGCAUCGUGCUUCCCGAGGAGCUGGGCAGGAAUGCGCGAACGAUCAAACGAACCAAACGAGCUGGGGACAAGGAGGCAGCGGUGACUGAGGAGAAGAAGGAUGAGGGGAAAGCCAAGGAGGAAGAGGAGGAAGAGAAGAUCGAGUACGACGAGCACGGCAACCCUAAGAUAAAGUUCAAGAAGAGGGAGAAAGAGGCAAAACCACCCACCAAGAGCAAAGGAAAAGGUGUUAAGAAUGUCAAACUCCUGUCUUUCGACGACGAAGAAGGUGAAUGA